GGGGGCGUUCCGGCUGUGGUCACGUGAUGCUCGAUGAUCCGCUCUCCUGUUGCCAGGCAACACGUAGAAGCGUUCCGACCUCCUGCUGCACCCGGGGGCCCUGUAUGUUGGGAUCGGGCGGAUGGAGCAGUACAGCUUGCUCGGUCGGAUCGGAGAAGGGGCUCACGGCAUCGUGUUCAAAGCCAAACACAUCGAGACCGGGGAAGCUGUUGCCCUUAAGAAAGUGGCCCUGCGGAAACUAGAGGAGGGCAUCCCGAACCAGGCCCUGCGGGAGAUCAAGGCCCUGCGGGAGAUUGAAGACAAUCCAUACGUUGUUAAACUGAGGGAGGUGUUCCCACAUGGCACAGGGUUUGUCCUCGUCUUUGAGUACAUGCUCUCUGAUCUCUCAGAAGUGAUCAGGAACUCUGACCAACCCCUGACCGAGGCGCAGGUCAAGGGCUACAUGAUGAUGUUGUUGAAAGGAGUCAAGUUCUGCCAUGAAAAUUCCAUCAUGCAUCGGGAUCUCAAACCGGCAAAUCUUCUUAUCAGCUCCACCGGGCUUCUCAAGAUUGCAGACUUUGGCCUGGCACGAGUCUUUUCUAAUGACAGGGGGCGUCUGUACAGCCAUCAAGUAGCCACCAGAUGGUACCGAGCCCCAGAGCUGCUGUAUGGAGCCCGCAAAUAUGAUGAGGGAGUGGAUCUAUGGGCCGUGGGCUGCAUUUUUGGGGAACUUCUCAACAGCUCGCCCCUCUUCCCUGGAGAAAAUGACAUUGAACAGCUGUGCGCUGUGCUUCGAACACUGGGGACACCUAAUGUAAAGACAUGGCCGGAAAUCACAGAACUCCCAGAUUAUAAUAAAAUUUCUUUCAAAGAGCACCAUCCUCUCCCUCCUGAGUGCAUCGUGCCGGACACCUCUCCGGAGGCUCUGCAGCUCCUUAUGUGCUUCCUGGUGUAUCCGUCCGGCCAGAGGAUUCGAGCAGUGGAGGCUCUUCUCCAUCCAUAUUUCUUUCGGGAGCCUCUUCCUGCUCAUCAUUCAGAGCUGCCUAUUCCCCAACGGGGUGGAAGAAGAAGCCGACAACUUCAGAGAGAGUUUCAUACAGAAGAACCUGUAUCUGACAGCCUGCUAGACCCCGGACUCUUGAGUGACUAUCUUCAUGGUCUCUGACCACAGUUUAGGGCUUUCCGGCAGGUUCUGGGUCUUAUUUUGAAGACUUUAUUUUGGGUAGGAGAUCCUAUACACAUAAUAGCUGUACGUUACCCCCGAGCAAAGCCAGAUGAGAUUAAUGGAGACUCUGUCUCGACUGGUCUAUGGAUCCUACCGCUGUAGUGCCCUGGCAGAGACCCUGUAUCUGCAGUGGGGUCAUGGGUCCGUCCACUCUAGCUCCGCCAUGGUCACUUGUACAUAGUACUGGACGGUAUUUUACAAUAUAAACUUCUAUAUAUUUAUAUAUCA